UGUAGCGUUUGACACUUGAGCAAGUGGUUGUAGUUGAGUGUGCAGGAAUGGUAGAUUGAAAGGUUUAUUUAUUUUUUCCCCCGCACUGGUAUUAUGGUUGAUAGUGGCAGUGGGACGAGCGACCUGUUGGCGCAGUAUAGGAAUAUAUCAAAUAAACUGAAAAAGAGAUUUCUGCGAAAGCCAAAUGUAACAGAAGCUAGUGAACAGUUUGGUGCUUUGGCAUUAAGAUGCGAACGAGAAGAACUCCCUCAGUAUGCUGGCUUGUGCUGGGCUGCAGCUGCUAGAUGUGAAGGUUCAUUGGGGAACAAUCCUGCAGAAGCCUGGGCACUGGUACGUGCUGCCAGGCAAUUCCUGUCAGCAGAAACCAAAGCAGCAUCUUUAGGCUGUACUGGUCCUGGUGCUGAUUACCUGCAGGCUGCUGCAAGCUGCUAUGGACAUGCUGCAAAUAGAUGGCAGCAGCACCAUGCAGCUGAGCAGCCCCCUAUUCCAGGUGCAGCAGUGCUUCCUUGCCCACUUUCCACAGGAUUAGCUGUUGAACUGGGUUUAGCACUGAAAAAUGACUUGCGACGUGUGGCAGAAGCUGCUACACAGUUCAAAUUAGCUGCACAACAAACUACAAGUCCACUUGACAGACUAAGCUGCCUAGGGCAUCUUGCAUCCUGCCGAAUUGAAUUAGGUGAUUAUGACGGUGCUUUGAAUGUAUUCAGUGAGAUGGUUCGUGUUGCAAAUCAAGGGAGUAAACCACCAAUGGGUGUAUACAGUGAUGUUCUGCACAGGUGUGAAGUGACACGUGUACUUCUGCUACUCAUUCUUCAGCCUGCUGCCCAACGACUUCCUCCUGAUUUGGGACAAGUGUUGGAAAAGUAUGCAUGGGAAGCUGGUGGAAAUGUACCUGUGAAUUAUCUGAGUGAAGAUGAAUUUAUUCUCCUCCAGUCAUUGGUAAUGGCCUGUCAGUCAAAAGACUGUGAAUCUUUGCAAGAGCUGGAAGCACAGUUGUGGCCAUAUCUAACAGCUGAACAGCGUGGUUUACUACGCACAUUAGUUUGCCAUAUGACUACGUGAAGGUUGUGAUUCAGGGCUGUUACACGUUGGAUUAAUCUUCUGUAAGAAGUUCUUAAUUGUUGUUGAAUGAGGUGCUGAAUAUACUUAACAAAAAUAAUUUGUGUGCAAGAUUGGUAUUUGCAUCAGAGAAUGUAUUCAAAUGUUUAAGAUGAAAUGUGUUGCAAAUAUAUGAAAAAAUUGUUGAGUCUGUA